UCCCAGCCGCACAUGCGCUUUCUGAAACGGGCUGCACCGGUUUCCCGGCGAAAGGGAUGCGCGCACACGCUCUAACUUACGUACCUCGUGGAUGCAUCUAGUUCAAUUUUCUACACUUUUCAUUUUCAGUGUGGGUUACCAAAUCUGUCACUUCAUGACGCACUGUUACCGCCCGUGUGUAGUUUCCGUACCAUUGUAUUAAGCCGUAUUGUAAGUCGUUGGCAAUUCUUGGCAUCUCACCGGAUGUAUCAAAAGAGACUGUAAUCUAACUAAGGAGAUUUAGCCAGCAGCCGGAAGCAUGGAGGCGGUCAGUCAUUGGAUCAAUGACACAGUCGACUUCUACAGGUGGAGCCUUAAAAUAGCAGACAAGAGGGUGGAGUCAUGGCCGAUGAUGUCAUCGCCGUGGCCCACGUUGGCCAUCAGCCAGCUGUACCUGCUCUUCCUGUGGGCGGGGCCUCGCUACAUGCAGCACCGAGAGCCCUUCACGCUACGGAAGACGCUCAUGGGAUACAACUUCAGCAUGGUCGUCCUAAACUUCUACAUCUGCAAAGAGCUCCUCAUUGGAUCCCGAGCAGCUGGAUACAGCUACCUCUGUCAGCCUGUCACCUACUCCAAUGAUGUCAAUGAGCUCAGGAUAGCAUCAGCGCUGUGGUGGUACUACAUCUCCAAAGGGGUGGAGUAUCUGGACACGGUCUUCUUCAUCCUGAGGAAGAAGUUCAACCAGGUCAGCUUCCUGCACGUCUACCACCACUGCACCAUGUUCAUCCUCUGGUGGAUCGGCAUCAAGUGGGUGCCAGGCGGACAAUCUUUCUUCGGCGCCACCAUCAACUCAGGUAUCCACGUGCUGAUGUACCUGUACUAUGGCCUGGCUGCCUGCGGCCCCAGCAUUCAGAAGUACCUGUGGUGGAAAAAGUACCUGACCAUCAUCCAGAUGAUCCAGUUCCACGUGACGAUCGGCCAUGCGGCCUACUCGCUCUACACGGGCUGCCCCUUCCCCAGUUGGAUGCAGUGGGCCCUCAUUUGCUACGCCAUCACCUUCAUCAUCCUCUUCGGCAACUUCUACUACCAGACCUACCGCCGCAAGCCCCGCCAUCCUGCCGGCAAGGCCGUCGCCAAUGGCAACGGCUCCGUGGCAACCACCAACGGUGUCGGCGGCAAGAAGUUGGACGGGUCGGCGCCGGUGGAGGAGCACAACGGCACGAAGAACCACAAGAAAGGCAGAGCCAAGAGAGAUUGAAGCCAAUGGCGCGAGGAGAAGGGAGGGACCUGUCUCGUCUGGACCAAUAAGACACGAAGGAGGACCAGCCAGUGAUGGGAUUGGGGUGUGGGUAGUGUAGGGGCGGGUUUUGUGUGAAGCCUCACUACCCCCCCAUAGGUUGAGAAUAUGAUUGACAGGAAGAGAGAUUACUGUCUCUUUUUUUCUGUAGUCAGGUGUGGCGUUUCCUCUGUCCUUCAGGUACCUUUGUACCUUGUGUACCCAGAUGUGCAAUUGUCUUCAGUGUCUUUCUUGCUAUUUCUGUCCUCUCUCUCUCUCUCUCUCUCUCUCUCUCUCUCUCUCUCUCUCUCUCUCUCUCUCUCUCUCUCACUCUCUCUAUCUCACUCUGUCUGCUCUUUCUCUCUCUCUCUCUCUCUCUCUCUCUCUCUCUCUCUCUCUCUCUCUCUCUCUCUCUCUCUCUCAGCGUAACCAAAUGAUCAUUCCAUAAACCAAAGAGAGAUGUUAAGACCAGGUAAAAUAAACAAAAGAUCCAACAGGAAAUAGGCGGAAUGCGGCCGUCUCCCUCUUUUUUUCUGGUCUUCAUUCAGCAUCAUCUCACCAUCGGUUGUCUUGAUCUAUCUAUCUAUCUAUCUAUCUAUCUAUCUAUCUAUCUAUCUAUCUAUCUAUCUAUCUAUCUAUCUGUCUAUCUAUAUGUCUGUCUGCGUCUUUCUAUCUACCAACAUCUACCUAUGUGUUCAACUGUCUGUUCAAUGACUGUUGGUUUUUGCAUCUGUUUGAUUGUCUCUCUCUGCAGUAAUACAGCAUCAUGCAUGCAGCCUCUGUGCCUGGUCCCACACAAAGGGUACUAGGUGAACAGGCACCAGGCAUGGCUGUCCUCAGUACACCCCAACACAAAGCUAAGCCCUCACUUGUUGUUUUGGCAAGUCGAGCACUGUCUCUGCCAACUGCAUGGUGCAUCCCUACUGAUGAGCAUUGCUGUACAUUUUUGGUAACCCUUUAGAAUAACUACCUAUUCACAGCUUUAUAAAAACAUAUUUAAACGUAUAUCAAAAAUAAUUAACAUUUAACAAAGCAUUUACAAAUGUUUGUAAAUGAGUAAUAACCAAACUACGACUGCACAGUGGAGUGGGAAUCAACUUCUACUGUGUGAGUUUUAUGUGGUUUCAUGCCUUCUGGUCUUUGGAGGAGACACUUCCAGGACCGAUGCGACUGCGCUGUGUGUUGUGCAGAAGUGUAAGAAUGUUUGGCCAAAUGACCCAAUGGUUAUAGGGACGUCAUCUCAGUUUCAAAAAAUUAGCCAAACCAAUCGAGAAAAACUGUAACAUAGUAUUUCUUGCCCAUUUAUAAAAAAAAUAAACAUUUUGUUGAUAAUUAGUUCAUUAUUUAUAAAGUGUUUAUAAAGCUGUGAAUAGGUAGUUAAUCUAAAGUGUUACCACAUUUUUUUGUCAUCUGUGCUAAUAACAAACAUCCAGACUCAGUGCAGACGUUAUUGUGUGUACUAUAUGUGUUGGGAUAAGAAAAUUUCAAUAACUGAUUGGUACACCCCAAUUGGAUUUGAAAAAGAAAAAGUGUUAGAACAUUUUGUAAAAUAGCAUUUUUGAGUAGUGAUUUUGUCGAUUUAAAGUGUGGUAACCAAAUGCUGGUAUCCUCAAAACUAAUGGUGACAAUAAACUGAUUUGACUUUUAAAAAAAGAUUUCCCCUGUAGCUUGGUAAUAUUGCGCCUU